GCACAGGCUACCCAGAGAGACGGUGAAGUCUCCAUCCUUGGGGGUUUUGAAGACCCAGGUAGAGCCUGUAUAAGCAAAGCACAAUGCAGCCCAUGAAGGGCUAUCUGGAAAGCUGCGGCCCCUCGCUCACAGGGCAGAAGCAAGACUGCACCAAACCAAACCGCUCCCUUUGGCUGCAGCUGCUUUGUUCGGCUGCCAGGGAAGUGCGGAGGCGACAGAGCCGGAGCUGAGAUCCCCGUCGCUGGCUGCUGUUCGGACGGAAAGGAAACCUGAGACUCUGACCACACAGCCCUUAAAAACACAGGCCUCCCUGCAGCCUCUGCCUGAGGCAGACCAAGGGGACCUGGGAGGACGACAAUGCACCAGGCAGGCCCGGGGAGCUGGCGAUGGUGCAGGGUCGAUGCUGGCGUGUUCCCUGUUACGUGCGUCUGCCCAGGGGAGCAGGAUCAGGAGACAGCGAAGCUUCCCCUGGUUUCAUCCACCAUAAAUGAGCACAUCUCCCUCAAAGCAAGGGGGUCCUGUCCUCAGCUGGCAAAGACCAGCAUAGCUGCAUGGGCCAGAUUCUCAGAAGGUGUAAAUUGGCAUGGCUCCAUUGACUUGGGGUGUAAUUAAGCAAAGGGAAAUUUAGGCUGCAUCUCUGGAAAGCGUCCUCAGGGAGGACUCGUUCGGCCACAAAGACUCUCAGAAAAUUCAGGUAGGAAGGGAGCUCAGGAGGUCCCAUCCAGUCCAACCCCUGCUCAAAGCAGGACCAGCCCCAACUACAUCAUCCCAGCCAAGGCUUUGUCUACCUGGGGCUUCAACACCUCCAAGGAUGGAGACUGCACCACCUCCCUGUGUGACCUGUUCCAGUGCUUUCCUACCCUCCGAAUGACAAGCCCAUGACAGUGCGAGGCGGCGCUUGGGGCCUGCUGCUAGGGAUCUGCAUGCUGCUCUCCUGCCACCUGGCCCAGAGCAGAGCAGGGGAAGAAGAGGGCUCAGAUGCUGCAUCAGGGUUCGUGAUGGACCAUGCAGGGCUCAGCCCUGAGGACACCAGGCAUCAGCCCAUGAGCCCCAGCCCUUGCGGCCUCACCUUCCACGCCCCAGACCCCUGCAGCUCAAGUGCCAAGACAUCCUCGCCAGCUUCUCCGGAAGAGCUGGACCAUCUCAAGAACCUUCUCCAGGACACCAGCGGCAGGCUCAAGGGCCUUCAGAGAGCAGCCGGCGUGGAGGCCAGCCAGCCUGGGUACCAGGACAUCAUUUCAAAAGUGCUGCCCAGCAUCAGAAGAGCAAACCUGGAGCUCUCUGAGAGCCUAGGCAGGAUCACGAGAGAGCUGGACGAGCACGUGGCCCGAGCUGACCCUCUCCAUCUGACGGAGAAGAGACAGAGGCUGAGGAGAGGCCUCCAGGAGAUGGACCAGAUGCUGCGGGUCACCGGCCGCCUUGCCAACCAGCUGGAUGACGCCUCCCAGGACCUCCAUGGGGCCUUAGUCCAGCACUUGGAUAGAGCAGUGGCCCUCAUCAGCCACAGAUCCUGAGGUCCUGGUCACGAGGAAAGAGGACAUCCUUCAAUCUAGGUGUCUGCAGGGUUUUGCUUGCAUGUAUCAGCAAGGCCGGGUCCUGGGAGGCACUGAACCUCUCCCCGGCACCGGAGACCCAGCUCCAGCCCAUACGUCCUGCAUCAGCAGAAGCAGCCCACGCCUGGCGACCACUGUUUCCUGCCACUUCCAUGGGGGUAAAUAUGAAAUAAGGGCAUGGGACCCAGGAGGCUUAUUCCAGAUUGACACCUGGGGACUGAUCAUUGCCUGGCCUUGAAGUCCACCCCGAGCCUCCAAUUGCUCUCCAUGCCUGAGCAGCGUAGCUCUCAGCUGCAGCUAGCACGUGUCCUCUCUGGAGCUUGACACUGCAGGAAGAAUAGCCACGGUCUCGGUGCCGCGGUGAAGGCUUGGCUAGAUUUAUUGCCUAUGAAGCAUCUCCUCAUUAGUCCACAAGGUACAAGCUGGAUGCCCACCACCAAGUAUUAACAUGACACGUGUAUUGCCAAUGAUGCAUUUACUCGGCCUACCAGGUGCAAGCUGGAUGCCCGGCUCAAGGUAUUAACACAGCCCACAUAUUGGGCUCCCCCAGCCAAUUGCAACAUUGCAAGGUUUGCAGCCCUCCUUUCCUACAGUGAUUGCAAUACAUCACCCUUGACAUCAGACACAUCCCGUACCUUGCAGUUAAAUCGUCCCUUGUACUCCCUGUACAUCCCCACCCUGGAAAAUUCCUCAUGGAUGUGCAUGUGCUAGACCGUCCAGUACCCGCCUCACCCCUCAACCUCACGAUGAAUCUGCACAGCUGGAUUGCAGAAGCAGUUUUGCCUAUUGGUCACAGCUCUGCCAAAGCCUUUCUGUGAGCAGUAGCGACCAGCCCCUUCUCUGCACAGGCUCCAGCUAUCCGACAGCAGGUAGCAGGACCCAUCUAGCCCAUAGCAUCCAGGCAAGGAUCAAUGCUGCAGCCUGGCCUGCUCUUUAAGGGCAGGGCUGUGUACAGAGGAUGUGGGCAGCUCUAGGAUUUUGAGAAGGGGGGUGCAGAUGCAGUGCAGCAUCAUCACUUAUAAUACAGCACCCAUCUUUCUCCAAGGAAAAACCAAUUAGAAGCUUUACUAAUAUGCUGAGGGCCUGGGGCUCUAUUAUUCAGUUCAAGAUUGAAGCAAAAAAAUAUAUAUAACUUUGUUAGAACAUUCAUUAACUUGCUAUAGCCUAUACUAUGUAUAAAAACCCCACAGCAAAAGAAGCAAAAGUAAUCAAAAGACGCUUUAUCAUUAGUCCUGUAGUCAUUAGACUUAAACGUACAUCUUUCUUCAGAUUCAUAAAGCAAACUAACCUUCAUGAA